AUGGUGUCGGAGCACCGGCACCUUUGGAGCGACUCUAUGCAAAGGGAGAUUUAUGGCUUGUUGGAAGCGGGGACUUUUACUCCAGGCGAACUAGCAAUUAAUUCGAGUAGUCUAGUGGAGAACGCAAUUAACGCUAAGUGGGUAUUCGAUUGGAAGGCAGAUGAGUUUGGAUUGCCUACUAAGGUUAAGUCGAGACUUGUAGCGAGAGAUGACAUUUCUGCUGUGGGAGAGAGGGAGACUUGUGACAAGUUUGGUGCCGACCUUAACAAGUCCGUGCCAGUGAAGAACCUGGGAGAGUUGAGAUGGUAUUCUGGGUGCUUUUACGAGAGGAACAAGGAGACCGGUAGGUUGACGAUUUCUCAGCAGACUUUCACGGAUGAGCUAGCAGCAGGAUAUGGAGUCGUGGGAGGUAAGAGCGUUCCGAUGUCUUCGGGAGUGAAGCUUUCUGAUUUUGAUGCGGAUGAGGUGGCGACAGAGUUUCCGUUUCGUGAGCUGGUAGGAUCGUUGAUGUGGCUGGCGACUCAGACUAGACCAGACAUUGCGAAUGCAGUAAGGGCAGUAGCUAGGUAUUGCGCAUCUCCGACGUUGGUACACUGGAAUGCAGCGAUGGGCAUUUUAGGCUUUGCAAGGAGGACGAGUCACUUUGGUACUUCGUUUCAGAGAGGUACGGUAGAGGGAUUCAGCUUGCAGGGGUACGCUGAUGCGGACUUUGCAAGCAAGGCAGCAGACCGUAGGUCGGUAUCAGGGGGGAUCGUGACGUGUGGAGGAGGCGCUGUGUCUUGGUUUUCCAGAACGCAAAAGUGCGUCACGCUUUCGACGACAGAAGCAGAGUACGUCGCGCUAGGCGACGUAGUGAAGGAGAUUUUGUUUUUGAGGCAGAUUUGGCGUUUCAUGUUGCCGCAGGUCGGCAUGCCGUGCAUCCCCGUCUUCGAGGACAACCAGGGGGCGAUUCAACUAGCGCAGAACCCCAUCUCAAACUGGAACUCGAAGCACAUAAAUGUAAGGCACCAUUUUCUCAGGGAACUGGUAGAGAGGAAGGAAAUUUCGGUCAUCCACGUGCCGUCGCCGUACCAGCGUGGAGACUUUCUUACGAAGAGUUUGUCGAAGGAUGCUUUGGAGUCUCACCGUGAUUUUGUGAUGAAUUUGGCAUGA